GGAGGCCGAGACGGCCGGGCGCGGCGGGCGGACGCGGGCGGCCCCGCACGCAGGUUUUAGGCCCAGUGAGCCUGCCAGGCUGCGCUCUGCUCUGAGCCAUGCCUGUGUGCGGGUGAAGCUGGGAGCCAGAAUGGAGCCCCCGCAGCAGCCGCCACUGCCGCCGCCACACCUGACUCCUCAGCAGAUGGAGACUCGGCCACAGCAGGGGCAGCCAACCAGAGACGCCUCAGGGCUGUAUGCCCAGAAGCUAACGACCCAGCCGGCCUUGCUGUCUGCCCCAAGGUUGGCUGGCAGCCCUGUCCUGGCUCCCCCUGCCCGAGUUCUCCCAGCCUCCACCGUGGCCCGGGUCUUCGAGCGGAGCCACGGGAACACAGACGCUAAGGAAGACGAAGGUGGCUUGGAAGAUGCCGACGGGGAUGAAGAAGAUGCGGAGGCAGAUGACCAGGAGGCUCAGGCGGCUCCCAAAUAUUUUGCUGUGCACAAAACAGCUCGUCAGGAGCCCAGAGUGGCCCCGGCUUCUGGCAGCAUGCUUCCAGCACAGCCGGGGCUCCCUGCGCAUGGACACCAAGCCAGAGAAGAUACCAAAGAUGCUUCGCGGGCCGCACCUGCCGUGGCCACUGCCGGGCAGCCAAGCUGGAAUCUGGACGAGCAGCUCAAGCAGAACGGCGGCUUGGCCUGGAGCGACGAUGCGGAUGGAGGCCGGGGAAGAGAGAUCUCCAGGGACUUUGCCAAGCUGUAUGAACUGGACAGUGACCCUGAGAGGAGGGAGUUCCUGGAUGACCUCUUCGUCUUCAUGCAGAAGAGGGGGACCCCCAUCAACCGGAUCCCCAUCAUGGCCAAGCAGACGCUGGACCUGUACAUGCUGUACAAGCUGGUGACGGAGAAGGGCGGCCUGGUGGAGAUCAUCAACAAGAAGAUCUGGAGGGAGAUCACCAAGGGCCUGAACCUGCCCACCUCCAUCACCAGCGCCGCCUUCACCCUCAGGACCCAGUAUAUGAAGUACCUCUACGCCUACGAGUGUGAGAAGAAAGCCCUGAGCUCCCCGGCCGAGCUCCAGGCAGCCAUCGACGGCAACCGCAGGGAAGGCCGGCGGCCCAGCUACAGCUCCCCGCUCUUCAGCUACUCGCCUUCGGCCGCUGCUGCUUCCACCGGAGCCCCUGCCCUCCUCACCCCACCCAAGAUCCGCUUUCCCCUCCUUGGGCUUGGCUCCAGUGGCGGUUCUGGUGCCAGCGCACGGGGGGCCAUGGCCAGCACGCUCAGGAAAGGUGACGCAGCCGUGGGGACAGCAGCACCUGUGCCAAAUCGCCUGACUGUGCCCGGAGCCUUGGCAGCCCAGGGGGCCGGCCCUCGCACAGCCACACUGGAGCAGCUACGGGAGCGGCUGGGCUCGGGGGAGCCCUCCGAGAAGAAGGCUGCGAGGCUCUCAGAGGAGGAGCAGCGCCUGGUGCAGCAGGCCUUCCAGCGUGGCUGCCUGGGUGCGGCACGGCCGCUGCCCGUGAGGAUCCGGAUCAACGGCAGGGAAGACAGAACUGAGGCCUCGGCUGCCGCGCUGAACCUGACCGCCAGCAGCAUUGGGAGCAUCCACAUGUCCGUGGACAUCGAUGGCACCACCUACGCAGGUGUGCUGUUCGCCCAGAAGCCCAUGGUACACCUCCUCGCCGGCGCCGCAGCCCAGGGCGGCAGCAGCAGCAGUGCCAGCAGCGCCAGUGGCACCAGUGGCGGUGGCGGAAGCAGCUCGCACUGCUCGCCCAGCCCUACCUCUUCACGGGGCACGCCCAGCACCGAGCCCUCCACCAGCUGGUCGGUGUGAAGCGGCCGGCUGGCCUGCCAUCCUGCCGUGCCCUGCCCUGCCCACAGGAGUGGAGGGAGCCCAUGCACAGUUUACCUCAUCUCACGGGGCCGCGUCCCACACGUCGGCCCCCAUCAGGUCCUGCUGUACUCUGGGGGCCCGGAAAGGGGCGGGGCGGCGUGGUCCAAUCAGGGAUUGUCCUGGGGAAGUGGACGGGGUCUGUGGACGGCCACCUUCCUCCUGGGCACAGUGUAGCGACAAUCUGUAAGCCGACUCUGGCGGCCUCCAUUCCCUUCCCUUUUAAUUUAUUUUCCUCCCGCCUUCUGCCGUGACCAGGGCCACUGGUCUCCUGGCUUAGUCCCCAGGAGGGAGCCCCCCCCUUGCCUGCUGCCGGGUCCCCAGGUGGGGAGCUCUCUCAUGAGUCUGGAAUCAGUCCUAAGGGACCUGAGCCCCCCUCCUAAUGGUCCCAGCGAGGAGCCCCCCACCCCGGGUCCCCUGUGGCCCCGCCCUGCCCCCGCUGGCCGGUGCCCCCACUCCCAGGCCCCAGCCUACUGAGGCUGUGGGGCUCAUCGAAAUACCUCAGAUUUGUAAUUGUCGUUUGAUUCUGCAGGAAGUAUUUGCAGCUCUGAUACCUUUUUUUAUAUGUGUUUUGCUGAUUUUUGAGGUUUUUUUUUUUUUAAUUGUUGUUGUUCUCCUUGUUGUCGUCUUCGUUGUUGUGGCACCAAAGAAAGGCAACCAGAUCACCCCAGAAGCCAGCUGGGUGCUUGCCGGCCCAGCCCCCCGGCCUCUUCCCGGCAAUGGCAGCAGGCAGGGGCCACUCAGGGAUUGCUGCAGCCGGGAGCAGGGUGGUCCCUGGGGGAUCAGGGCGGCUGGUGGGCCUGCCUCGGGGUUCCUCCCCCAGCCGCCGUAGCCGCAUCCCUCCCUCUACACUCACGCGCCGUCACUGGCACCCACGCCAGUGUCAGUGGCACACGUGCACACGAACACAUGUGACUGCAUGCCCACAUGAACACAGGCCCCGGCCACUGCGGCUGACCCUCCUCUGGCCAUGGGAGCCUCGCCCUUCUGGGCACUCUUGGAGGUGACACAAACAUUUGGCCAGUGUGUCUUUCUCAGGAGUUUGUCGCAGGGUGUGGAGCCUCUGAUUCUCAGAGCUUCUCUCCUGCCUUAGGCCGCCUGUCCGGCCUAGCCCUCUGAGCCUGACAGUGGGGUGCCUUUGGGGGCCACAGGAGAGGAGCCCUGCCCCCCUCCUACCCACCUUUCAUGUGUGGUACCAGGACCAUGUGACAGUACAGGGGAGCCCCAGGCAGCGAGGCCAUACCUCAGCCGCCCUGCAGCUAGUGUCCAUGUGUGUGGUGGUAGUUUUCUAUCUUCCAUGUUCUCGAAUGUUUAUAUUUCAAUAAACCUCUACCUCUUGACAC